GGCGGCCCGGGGCCCAUCUCUCCGUGCUCUCCCCGCCCCCGCGGCCCGCGGCCACCUGCGCCCCGCCCCGCGGGCCGCGCCCGAGCCCGGGAUCCGCCGAGCCGUGCGCGUGGGCGAGAGGGCUCCUGCGGCUGGCCGGGCGCCCGCGUUUCCGCGGCGAGUUCCCGGCCGGCGUGGACCGCAGCACUGGGGAUGCGGCCACGCUGAGAGCUCGCCGGUCUGCGGAAAGUCCCCCUGGGUGGGAAGUUGGGUCUGCACUCCGGCAACAUGGCCAGCCCUGCGGGGUCGCAGAACAAGGAAAUAGACUGUCUGAGUCCAGAAGCUCAAAGGCUGGCAGAGGCCAGGCUUGCGGCAAAGCGUGCGGCCCGCGCCGAGGCUCGCGAGAUCCGGAUGAAGGAGCUGGAGCGGCAGCAGAAGGAGAUCUAUCAGGUUCAGAAGAAAUAUUACGGACUGGAUACAAAAUGGGGUGACAUCGAGCGGUGGAUGGAGGACAGUGAGCGCCACUCUCGCAGAUCCCGGAGAAGCACAUCGGCCUCCGAUGAAGAUGAGCGUCUGUCCGUGGGUAGCCGCGGCAGCCUGAGGUCGCAGCCUGACUUGGAGUACGGGGGUCCCUACACCUGGACUAAUGGUUAUGAUGGAGAAUUAUAUGGAUCACAGUCCCUGAGCAGAAGAUCUGGCAGGAACUCCAGCUUCGGCGGUGACGGCAGAGUCUCCACUUUGUCAUCAUCCAGGGAGGAGAAGUUGGGACUCUCCUGCUCCAACCUUGGGCUUCCUGUUGGUGGCCUCGCUCCCAAACCCCUGUCUGCCCAGAAUGGAAACCGGCCCUGCCGUCUGCCCAGCGCCGCCCGGCCUGUGGGGAGGUACCGGGUGCCUCUGUUCGAUGAGAUCAGCCUCAGUGGGACUCGGCGGGGCAGUGCCUGCGGCUCCCGCCCCCCCUCGGAGUACAGCGGCCACCUCAACUCCGGCUCCCGUGCCUCCUCCAGGGCCAGCUCGGCCCGGGCCAGCCCUGUGGUUGAAGAGAGACCAGAAAAAGAUUUUGCGGAGAAGGGCUCUCGCAACAUGCCGGGCUUGUCUGCAGCCACGCUGGCCUCGCUGGGUGGGACCUCCUCCCGGAGAGGAAGCGGAGACACCUCCAUCUCCAUCGAUACCGAGGCAUCCAUCCGGGAGAUCAAGGAACUCAAUGAGUUAAAGGACCAGAUUCAGGAUGUAGAAGGCAAAUACAUGCAAGGACUGAAAGAGAUGAAGGACUCACUAGCAGAAGUAGAAGAGAAGUACAAGAAGGCUAUGGUAUCCAACGCCCAGCUGGACAAUGAGAAGACCAACUUCAUGUAUCAGGUCGACACCCUGAAGGACGUGCUGCUGGAGCUGGAGGAGCAGCUGGCUGAGUCUCAGCGGCAGUACGAAGAGAAAAGCAAAGAACUCGAGCGGGAGAAGCACGCCCACAGCGUGCUGCAGUUCCAGUUUGCUGAAGUGAAAGAGGCCCUGAGGCAGAGGGAGGACAUGCUGGAGGAAAUCCGACAGCUACAGCAGAAGCAGGCGAGUUAUAUCAGGGAGAUUUCUGAUCUUCAGGAAACGAUAGAGUGGAAAGACAAAAAGAUAGGGGCAUUAGAGAGGCAGAAAGAGUUCUUUGAUUCCAUAAGGAGCGAACGAGAUGACCUUAGAGAAGAAGUAGUCAAGCUGAAAGAGGAGUUAAAGAAACAUGGAAUAAUCCUAAAUUCAGAAAUAGCCACCAAUGGAGAGACUUCGGACACGCUGAAUAACAUUGGGCACCAAGGCCCCAGCAAGAUGACUGAGGAGGAGCUAAAUGCCCUCAAGUCAGCCGGGGCCGGGACACUGGGAAGAGCCACAGAAGUGGAGGUGAAAAAUGAAAUUGUGGAGAAUAUGGGGAAAAGAGAAAUCUUGCAGAAUACUGAGCAAGAACAGCACAAAGAGGACACAGUAAAGGAUUAUGUGUCACAUCCUGGUGAACAUGCGGAGCAGAAAACCUCUGGAGACAGUGCCCCGUCCCCAGGACCCAGAGCAGAUGCUAACUGUGAGGAGCAGGUUCACAGCCAAGUUCUAGAGAAUACUGCUUUCCUCAAAAGUCCAGGGCAGGUUGAGUCAAGAGAGGUCCUAGACAUGCCAGAUGGUAAGACUGGAGCUUCCCCUGAGCAGCCCAGCUGUUUGAGGGAUUUAGACAAUAAAGCCCCAGUGCCCAUAAGUGGGCAGGACAGUUGCGCUGCCUUGGGUACCAAAAGCCAAAGUGAGCAACCUGUAGGGAGGCAGGAAAAAGAGAACCCGGAGGACUGGAGAAGCGACUCGGAAGAGGUUAGCCCAAAACCCUGCCAGGAAUUUGCUCCCGUGCCAACACCCGAAGCUGAAAGGAUGAGCAGGACAGAGGCUGGUGAGCCACAUGGGGACCACCUGGGGAGUGUGGGGGAGGCAGGGGGAGCCACGGCUGCAGAACACGUGGGCACAGUGGCUGCAAGUCCUCAGAAGCGUGGCGAUGACCCAGUGAGUCAUGGUGGACAGUGUGUGUUGGGCACGGUGUUCCCCAGCACAGGGCAGAGCUUAGAGAAGGAGCUCACCAGCCAGGAGGUAGCUGAGCCCAGAGAGGCCCCGAUUCAGAGCACAGACGUAGGUGGGAAGAACAGUGCAGAGGAGGGUGGAGGUGCAGAGGCAAGGGAUGAGAAGCCAGGCCCAGUAGAACCCCAGCUCAUCCCUGGUACUCCAAACAAGAGCAGCCAUCAGGAAGCAACAGGCUCAGGUGGGGCAGAUGCUGAAAAUGAGCUGCUUGAUGCAAAAGAACCAGAGGAGGAAAAGGACCAGCAGGCAGAGACAUCAGAGUCAUCCCAGAAGAGGAGUAAGAACAAGAAAAAGAAAAACAAGAAGAAAAGAUCACCCGCAUCUGCAGAAGCCCUCGAAGGUGUUAAGAAAGAGUUAACCUAUCAGGAAGCAGAGGUAGGUGAGGUUAAGGAAGAGAAGCAGGUGCAGUUUGCUGACAAGAAACAAGUAGCAGAAACACAAAAUGAGGUGACCAAAAAUCCAGAACAGAAAAUUAUAGCAGGAAGCAAGGAACAUGUUGAUUGUCCAGCAAGUCCUGAAACUGAGUUGGAUGGAAAGCUUAACCAAGAGGACAAUGACGUGAAGACCAUGGCAGGGAGGACGUCUCCUGGAGGCAUGGCCAGUUGUGACGGUGACCCAGUUGAGUCGCCAGAUGCUAGUGAUAAAGAAUUAGAUGGAGGUGUUACAAGAGAUAAUGCCAAAGCAGACAGUGUUGCUCAGAACAGUCCCCUAGAACCAGAGAAUGAAGACGGGAGCAGCAGCUCCCCGCUGAGAAACAACAGCCCCGCAAGGGACACUGCCAGUGCCUCUCAGGCAGGAAGUGCCAAGAGGCAGUUUCCAUCUGACCACCCAGGACAGGCGGCCAGCAAAGCCGAGGACGGCCUCAGUCUCGAAGGCAGUGCCUUGUCAGCAGCAGGGGAGACCGGGGGCUCCAACUCAGAGGGUGGAGGAGAAGCAGAAGUAAGUCAGAGGGGCAAGAGCAAAGAGGACUGCACCAUGUCGUGAGGCUGGUAGGUGCAGAAGGCGGGCACGGGCGAGGUCGCAGAGGAGUGCCCGACUCUGCACAGAAGUCCUGCCAUCAGAGACGCUUCCCAGCUCACUGGCGACAGUGCAGAAGACCCUACCCGAUACAGACGUACUGUAUGACAGCUAUUUACUUACUACAUUCGCAGUUGAUCGCUACAUAUAGACUCACGUUUAAUCACUGAGGUUUGCUUUCAGAUUCAGUUCUGACCGAGAGCUUUCCAGUAGCAGCAAACAGUCAGGCACACCUGUACUCCUUAUCUUCCAGCCUGAAGUAAAACUGCUUCACCUAGACCCCAGGCCCUUAGGCACGUUGAUGUUGUUGACCAAAUAAAAUACGCCAGCAUCCAAUGAAAUGACCAAGUAGCAUUCUUAGAUUUCUGCAUCAUGGAAUAUCAUGGAUAUUUAAACUAGUAUGUCUCAUUCAAGUCUGUAUACUUUCAUAUUUGAUUUUAACACGUACAUUAUAGCCUCCAUAGUAUUUUAUUUAACUGAGAUAAAUGUCCAAAUAGCAUAUAGGUCACUAAGUGAUAAGAUUUGCACCAUAGGCCAAUAAUUAAUCAUUUUAGGGAUAAUAAGUAAAUAUCUGAAAGCACUAGGGAGGUCUUUUGUUCUUUACCUCAUGUGUUUGAUUUCAUGCCAAUAUCCUUGGAUCUCAUUGUCCAUGAGGACCAAGUUUAUUUUGUAGAUUUUGACUUCAUGUUGAUGAGGUACCAGAUUCAUUGUAUAUGAAGAUUAUUUUUAAAAUAUUUUUAUUUAGAAAUGACAUAUGUUGAAAUUGCAUUUCCUACUGUGGUAUUUAGACAGGGGCAAUCAUUUAAAUUUUUUUUAACUUAAAAUUACUUCUCUUUCUGUUUGAAUGUCUUAGUUAUUUUUCAAAAGAGCAACACAAAAUGUUACUUGUUCUAAUGCAAACUACUCGUUAGACUAAACUAGGAUAUUUUUUAAAGUUGAAUCAUUUUUGGUAUUUUGGUAUAAAUAUUUUUGUUUCUCCGUAUAUUUUUAUUGGAAAUUUUUUGUUUUGAUCUGCCUGGAAGAAAUAUAUAUUUUCUAUAUAAAAAUAGCAUUUAAAAUAAUUAUAAAUUUUAAUGAAAAGUAAUGGUAAAGUAUAAAAUCACAAGGGAAUGUAUAUUAUGAAUGCUCUUGACACUUUAUGAGAUCAUGUGAAUUUGUAUUAACUGUUACAAGAUAUAAUUGAGUACAGAAGGACCAAAAUCUCAGUAAAUUUGGAGGCAAGCCUAAGUGUUACAUAACUGAAAUAAAAGCAUUUGAUAAUUUAA